AAAGAGGUCUAGGAUCAAGACAGCCGCAAUGUUGACAAAAAAUUACCAAAAAAGGCUCAGAGAGCCGGAAAUGUUGCGAGUAGAUGCUGCUGUUUCUUCAGUUGAUCGACACAGGCAUAACAUUCCAAAAGUUGUCAUUCGGAAAACAGAAGUGCAGAUAAUGUAACGAGGGAGCAACACUGAAUGACAUUGUGUCAUUUAGAUCUCUCACGAUGGAAGUUGUUAACCCAUGUUGGGGUUUACCAGACAAGUAGACACAAUGUCCCAACGGGAAAGGCAUGUGCCUCCAAACUCUAUCCCCCUAAAGGUCAACACUAGUGGUUACCAGCCACAGCAGGGCACCAGUCCCUCCCGUGGCAACCCCAACUCUGGGCGGAGUGGACAGAACGGUAAGCGGGGUGUGGAAUGGAAUUGUGGUAACGUCGCCGACUCAGGAAGUCUGCCACUUAACGAUGCGUCGAGUUCCUCUAGUCCACCUACGGACCACCAUCCUGUAAGAUGCAUUCAUUGCGACCACACGUCCACCAGCCCGGACCGGAACCACUCCUUCCCGAGUACCAGGUCCGACCUCGUCCGGCACGACACAGUGGGUUACACACACUGUGACGGACAUGGUCAGGUAUGGUGCGACGGAAGGAAUCAGACACACUCUCGGACCCCUGCCGACUCCUUGCGACCUCUGAGCCCGGGGUCGUCGGCUGUGGAUAUGAAGACGUUGCUGGACAACGUAGCCCGAGUUGACGACUUUGACAGAGAAGAGAUUGGCAGUGGCUUCUUCUCGACAGUCUAUAAGGUGCGACAUAAGAAGACAGGGCAGGUCCUAGUCCUGAAGCUGAACAACAAGGAGUCAAGCUUUGCCAGCGUCAUCCAAGAAAUUCAGCUUCUCAAGAAACUGCAGCAUCCCAAUAUCAUCAAGCUCCUUGGAGUGUGUGUUCACGAAGCCAACAUCCAUGCAUUAAUAGAGUACAUGAACGGUGGUACCCUGAGUAGCGUCUUGCUAGACGAGUCACUCCAUCUGUCCUGGAUGACGCGGAUAGCUCUUGCCAAGGACAUAGCGUCGGGGAUGAGCUACUUUCACAUGCACUCCGUCAUCCACCGAGAUCUAACGUCCAUGAACUGUCUCAUCAAGAAAGCAAGUAACGGAUCUAUGCAUGCGGUGGUAGCAGACCUAGGGCUGGCAGCUAGAAUACCCAGAGAUCAGUCGGAGAAGCUACAAACUGUUGGAACUCCGUUCUGGACGUCGCCAGAAAACCUCACAGGAAAAUUCUACACUGAGAAAACCGAUUUAUUCUCCUUUGGUAUCAUCUUGUGUGAGAUCAUAGCCAGAGUGACCGCAAAUCCAGACGAACUUCCUAGAUUGCACAAUUUUGGACUCGACAUGGAAGCAUUCCGUAUGCUGAGUGGCAACUGCCCAGAGCAACUUCUCCUUGUAGCUUUCAGCUGUUGUAAUAUGGAACCCGGUAAACGCCCAGCCUUCACUGAGGUAGUUCUGAGCAUCAGGAACAUAGAAGCGGAUUUCACCAGACAGAGUAAACGACUUCCGUCCUUAUCAGGCCGUUUGAGAUCGCAGUCGACCGUGGUCGUUCCCUACCAGCUCCAUACAGUUCCUGAUGCCAGGCCCGCCCUGAUACGUUCCCCCCGCAAUUCCGUCGUCCGUAGCAACUCCGACUCCGGCUCCCGUCCCCGUAAAGUCAACGUCUCCAAGAAGUGGGUCAACCCCUUCGACACGCCACACUUGAAGAACGGCCAGACGAAACUGAUCGAGCAAACGUCCUCCAUUGUGCUGUCUGAGCUUCCUGCAGAGAUCCGGGUUCCCCUGCAAGAGAUGCUCCAAGAAGACGAAGAUGAGGAGGCGGAAAUUGCCAAGGAGGCAGCCGAGAGGUGCAUGAGGCAACGCUCCAAGUCACUGCCAAGCUCCCCAGUCAUCCAUCGGUUAGAACUCAAAGUGGACGAGAACAUCAACGUCAUCCACUCCAGUAGUGAUAUCAGCGAUGGCAUGAGCGUCGCUGACCGACGCAAGACUCUUUCUCCGGGCUUUGUCGCCUCAGAGUGGCUCGAGGGACGCAGGGCCGGCCGAGCCAGGAGUAAAACCACAUCAGAUGUGACAUACCUUAAAAGUGACCCGGGGCUCGGAGCAUUAAGCGAGGAUAAACUGGGCUUGGGGAGCCGAGAUCGUAAAAUCAUUGAAAGCUCAGAGGAUGCCUAGCAGUGCGUUGGACCUUCCUGGAUUUUUGUCCUUAGCCCCGCCCACCUUUGUUUGUGACUGAGUAUGACCAAACUAUUGUGGUCAGCUGACCAAAAGUGUUGAUCCUAUUGGUCAGUGCACACUGUUUGAUUGAAAAGUGGGAGGGGCUUGUGGGCAACUUCUGUACAGCACCAUAUUAAACUAGUCUUACACAGUAUGUGAGUGAAUGCAUCUUCCUGUUCAUCAGAUAUAUAUCUUCAUCUUCUUCCACUCUUCUUAAAUAUUCUGUCCAAGUAUUAGAAACUUUUUUUUUCCAUUUUUGUUGAGAGUUUCCAUUCAGUAUUUGCCCUUGUUUAUAUUUAAAGUCGGACCAGAUUUUAUGAAUAGGUGAAAAAUCUCAUGAUUGUGAUUUUCUUGGAUAUGCGAGGCUAGUAAAGAUUGGUUCAAGGGUCAAAAUUUGACCGUUAACAUUGCAUUGCUUUCGUUUGGUAUAAAGCGAGGUGGCACACAUCUGGAAUUAAGGUCGGAAUGUUUAAAAAACAAUUUUCGGUUUGUGUCUCUGCCCCUUUGUGAAGAGGUUUCCGAGUUUCCUUCGUACAAACAAGAGAUCUAGCCUAGUACAGCAAGUCACGAUUUUAGGUGGGCAAAUCGGAAGCUAUGUUGGGGGAAAAUAGCCUAUGGCUAUCUAGGAUAAUUUGACCAUUGAUUC